CUCUUAUCUAUUCUCUUUAAUGUUGCCGUAUUGCAGCUGUUGUCUAUAUAAUUAAAAGAAAUAUUAAUCACCAGUCUCUUUUCUACAUGGAAUAAGAUUUUCCAUUUAAGAAGUUACUGCUCUAUUACUAACUACUAAAUCAUGAGUUUGGCGUCAACGAUGGACUUGGACCCGUUGGAAUAUGCUACUGGUUUAAUGACUGCGAUUGGUUUGCUGUACUUCAUGAAACGUAUGAGGAACUUUAUACCUCAGGGAGCGACUUCGUGUUUCCGCGCUCUUAUUUUCAUUCCCAACAUCAGUGGUUUGUAUUGCUCCAUUCUCUGGGGUAAUGUGCUGGCUUGGUGACUGCAGUGAAUGCAGAGACUUCAUACCUCGGCCUAAUGCCCGGUCUACAUAC